AUGAACGAGGUUGUGAUUCCCAAGAAGGCAACAAAGCACCAAUUUCCGUAUGAGGAGCUUGUCCUUAAGGAGGAUGGAGAGAGCCAUCCGAUAUGGGUGAACUACGACGGAUUGAUUAUACUGGAGACAUUCCGCGAAUCCUCCCGGCAGGCCAGUGACUUUCUGAUCGCAAUUGCAGAGCCUAUGAGCAGGCCUCUGCAGAUACACGAGUUCCAGAUCACUGCAUACUCCCUGUAUGCUGCUGUUAGCGUCGGGCUGACAACGAGCGACAUUAUAGAGACGCUGGAUCGGUUUUCCAAGAACUUCCUUCCAAGAUCUGUUCGGGUGUUUAUUACCGAGUGCACACUGAGCUAUGGAAAGGUGAAGCUUGUCAUGAAGGAGAGUAGCUUUUUCCUGGAGACUGCCAACGAGUCUGUGUACAAGAUGCUGUCUUCGGAUGCGGUGAUACGGUCUCACACAAUCGGCAAGUCCAAGGAAGGAGGCGGCCUGUCCAUUGAGGUUGAGGAGGUUGAGCUAGUGAAGAAAAGAUGUAUUGAGAUUGACUAUCCGCUGAUUGAGGAAUAUGACUUCAGGAACGACAAGGUGCUUCGGAGCCUUCAGAUAGAUCUUAAGCCCACGACGAUCAUUCGGUCCUAUCAGGAGAUAUGCCUCAACAAGAUGUUUGGGAACGGGAGGGCCCGAUCUGGAAUAAUUGUACUACCCUGUGGCUCUGGGAAGACCAUUGUUGGGAUUACAGCCAUAAGCACAAUCAAGAAGAACUGCCUGGUUCUAUGCACGUCUGCCGUGUCUGUGGAACAAUGGAAGCAGCAGACGCUGCAGUUUACCAACAUGGCGCCCGAUGGCGUGGGGAGGUUUACCUCUGAUCACAAGGAGUGGCCCAAAGACGAUAGCGGCAUAGUUAUCACGACCUACACGAUGCUUGCAUACACAGGAAAGAGAUCGCACGAGGCACAGAAGAUUAUGGAUCUGAUACGAAGGACUGAGUGGGGGCUCCUUGUUCUCGACGAGGUCCAUGUUGUUCCUGCAAUGAUGUUCCGGCGAGUCCUAUCGCUGGUGUCACAUCACUGCAAGCUUGGGCUCACGGCAACUCUUGUCAGAGAAGACGACAAAAUCGAAGACCUGAACUUCCUGAUUGGGCCCAAGCUCUACGAGGCCGACUGGCAAGACCUUAGCGCUAAGGGGCACAUAGCCAGAGUGUCGUGCAUCGAGGUGUGGUGCGGGAUGACUGGAGACUUCUACAGGGAGUAUCUUUCGCAGCCAACGAGAAGGAGAAGGCUUCUAUCGAUAAUGAACCCGACGAAGUUCCAGGUGUGUGAGUACCUGAUAAACAAGCAUGAGAGCAGAGGGGACAAGAUCAUUGUGUUUUCUGACAGUGUGUAUGCGCUGAAGGCAUAUGCCCUAAAGCUCGGGAAGCCAUUUAUUUACGGGCCCACCGGACAAACGGAGAGGAUGAGGAUCCUGAAGCAAUUCCAGACGAAUCCUGUGAUCAACACGAUAUUUCUGAGUAAGGUUGGAGACACGUCGAUUGAUCUCCCCGAGGCAACAUGCCUGAUCCAGAUAAGCAGCCACUUUGGAAGUCGGCGGCAGGAAGCACAGAGGCUUGGAAGGAUUCUGAGGGCGAAGAGGAGGAACGACCCUGACUUCAAGGUCUACUUCUACUCUCUAGUGAGCAAGGAUACUGACGAGAUGUUCUACUCCAGCAAAAGACAGCAGUUUCUGAUAGAUCAGGGGUACACGUUCACAAUACUGACCGACAUACCUGAGGUGCAUGAGAAUGAGCACUGUGUAUAUAAGACAAAGGGGCAGCAGAGAGAGCUGCUGGCAGGUGUGCUCCUUGCGUCUGAAAAGGAGCUGGAGAGUGAAGAGAGUGAGGACUCUGAGGGAAUUGUUUACAGCACGACAAAGCUGAAGAGCCUUAGCGGUGGUGAUGAGAUGGCAUAUAUAGAAAGAAAGGCGCCACAAGGCCGCACUUUGGCCAAAGGCAGCAAAAAGAGUAGGAAAUGGAACCCAAGGCCUUAG